AUGGUACAUGAAGAGAAAAUAUGGAGAAAUGAAAACUUCAGUCGCUUCAGCCUCACACCCAAACUGAAACCCACCACACAUCAGAGGACUGAAAAUCAGAACUGCGGAGUGGCUGUGUUACUGCUGCUUUCUUCCCUAGAGUGCCAGCACGUGGCAGGGAAAGAAAAGAUAGAAUAUACUCGCAGGCCAAGAACCUCAUUUACCCCGUUCCAACGCUCAGUUCUGCUGAGUGCCUUUGAGAAGAACAAUCUUCCAGCACGAGAUGUUAUACAAGAAUUAGCUGUGAAACUGAAUUUAGAUGAAACGGUGAUAAAGAACUGGUUUAAGAACCAGCGUAUGAAAUGGAAGAAAAAUGUGCUAAAAGUGAAGCCAGCUUCAUUGCCCGGAACAUCCAAACAACCCUCUUCUGAAAGCGAGGAGGAGGCCCCACAAAGUCCUGUUACAAGUACUUCAACGAUUUCUGCGACUUCCAGUGACCAUAUCUAUGACCCACCAGAGCCCUUCGAGAGUGAGUUCACCAGAAGAGAUGGAGCCUCUGCGUUUGGUUCAUCAUUCAACACUCAAUCUGAUGAUCUUCAGGGACAAUGUGUGGAGGAUUUUAGCACUUAUGGCACAGAUAAACUUGUAGAACUGUAUUAUCUUUCUGGGGAAGAUGAUCCCAGCAGUCUGGAUAUAUACCUCCCCCCAGGCUGCCUGCAGUGA